AUGGUGUUUUACAAAAUUACCCUCAAAAGAUCACUUAUAGGGCUUCCGAAGUCUAGCAAGAGCGUUGCAUCGAGCCUUGGUCUCGGCAAGACCGGUUCCGUUGUCUAUAGAGAAGCCUCGCCCUCCAUCGCGGGUUCCAUCGCAAAGAUCAAAGAAGUGCUAAACGUGGAAGUUACUGAGCAUGCACUUUCAAAAGAGCAGCAGCGUGAGCUGAGGAAGUCUAACCCUGGCUUCACGGUGGAAAAGAGGGUAUAG